AUGAUGACUUCUCUCGAGCUGCGUUGUGCCACGUGGAACUCCGCGCAACGUCACUUCCCCGUGUCCGCGAAUUCGUCCGUCUCAUCUCUAUCGCCACCAGUCGCGCUUGCCCCUCGCGUAUCACAGCGCUUGGUAGCGACAAGGAGUUGCGAAUCUGGCAUUCGAAGCAGCUUCUAUGGCGGCGACAGAAUCAGACUAAGCAGUCUGCCUGCCUGUCAUGUCGUCGGUAGGAAGGCUCGCAGGGCGGUGCGGCCAGUGUCCGCAGUUGGCGGGGGCGGAUCCGGCGAGAAUGACGCGGACGGGAGCGCGAGGCGGAAGAAGGACGAGAGCAUUCAGCUGUACAGCCGCAUCGAGAGCCUGAUAUCAGAAUCGGCUCGGCAGUCCCAGGGCGCUGACGGGGCAGGGCAGUGGGAGGAGGUGGAGGGUGCAUGGGUGCUGCGGCCGCCAGCCCCCCUGCAGGCGACAGCGGUGGUGCACUUCAUAGGGGGGGCGUUCGUGGGCGCGUCUCCUCAGCUCACCUACCGCCUCUUCCUCUCCACGCUGGCACAGAGGGGGCUGAUGGUGGUGGCAACACCAUACGCCAGUGGCUUCGACCAUCUGAGGAUCGCCGACGAGGCGCAGUUUAGAUUCGACCGCUGCAUGCGCUCGCUGUCCCUUAAAGCCCAGCCGCCCAAUGACCCCAUGGACCUGCCAGUGUACGGCGUGGGGCACUCCAUGGGGGCUCUUGUUCACCUCCUCAUUGGUGCUCGCUACGCCGUGGAGAGAGCUGGAAACGUCUUUAUUUCCUUCAACAACAAGGAAGCGAGUGCGGCCAUACCGCUGUUCUCGCCGGUCAUCAUGCCCAUGGCGCAGAGCCUGGGUCCCAUUCUCACGCAGCUUCUCAACAACCCCACCCUCAAACUCGGGGCUGACGUGGCAGUGAAGCAGCUGAGGGAUUUGAACGCACCAAUGGUGGCGCAGCUGCUGCCGCUGCUGGAGCAGCUCCCCCCGCUCUACCGCGACCUCUCUGAUGGCCGCGAUCAGUUCACACCUGCACCAGCUGAGACCCGCCGCCUGGCCCAGACGUACUACGGGGUGCGGCGCAACCUGCUGGUGCGCUUUAAGGAUGAUACAAUCGACGAGACUGCUGACCUGGCGGACACGCUGGCAGCGGGCAGCGCUGUGUCAGCAUGCCUGGACCUCGCCAUGCGGACACUGCCAGGCGACCACGUGCGCCCGCUGCGCCAGGUGGUUCCCGAGAUUCCGCAGACUGUUGCUGACGUGGUCUCGCGAGGCAGCUCCCUGCUCGCCUCCAUGACAGCUGGCACGCCGCUCGCUGACCUGGCGCGCGGCGUCAGCGACACGCUGACGGGGGCGGUGGGGCUGGGGAGCGAGGGGGAGAGCAUGGGAGGGGGGUUGGGAGGGAUGCAGCGCGAUGUGAGGGAGGACAUGGAGCAGCUGGUGGAUGAGCUUGUGCCAUUCCUGGCCGUCAUGUCUCGCGCCACGGACUCGGACCCGCAAACGUCGUCGUUACCGUCAAUAUCACAGUCAGCGCAACCUGCGGAGGCUCCUUCAAUCAAAUCCCCAUCCCCAUCUGCCGCACCAGUGCCGUUUGAUCAAUGGGUCGGCAAUUUCGAUGCUGACGUGGCCGCGUCCCUCCCAAGUACAGGGAUCGACAUCGCGGAGAUUGUACGCGAUAGAGGCAUCUCCAAGGCUGUAGAUGUGCCUUACUUCGAUCUGCCCGAGAGGGUGAUCAAGUCAGCAUCUGAUUGGUUGGCGACGCAGGGCAGUAACGACCUGGCAGCAGUGGCAGCUUUGCUCAUCCACGUGGCACUGCAUGAUAGGCCGCCCAGCGACCGCGCGACCAUCUCCAAGGACGCAGCUCUCUCGCUGCUCGCCAUUCUCCUCCGCGCGCGACCGGCCACUCUCCAGCAAGUGCCCGACGCGCUGCUGCCGCCCAUAAAAGACAAACGAAGGCCGUCCAGUGUCCAGCCGUUGCCGCCCAAGAACUCCCAGCAGCCGCCCACCAAGGAUGGUGCUUCAGCAGGCAGCCACGUGGCAGAGGGGGAUAGGCUGGCAAUUCUUGCAUGGAUUUACGGUCAGGCAGCGCGGGCGGACAGGGUGGCGGGCAUGUCGCUCUUCAUCCACUGCCUGCUGCCACCUGCCAUCCAUCCGGCCGCCUCCCCCACCACCACGCAUCUCGCCCUCACCUUCCUCGAGGAGGUGGUGUUGGAGAACCGCAGGAAGGCCUACGCGGAGCUGCACAGGGGCGCUGUGAGGGGCGGGCUGCGCCUUGUGCCGCCUGAGGCGCUGCGCUCGUUCCUGCUGGCCGCCUUCCCUGCCAAGGGCGACUGCACCGAGUUCACCCCGCGCUUCGCCCACGCAUACCUGAUAGUGAAGCAGCUGGCGCUGGUGAAGGGCGCGGUCGCGGGGGACUUUGGGGAUUCUGACGCCGCCUCACAGGCCGCCCUUGCCCGGGCCAGGUCUAGCCAGGAAGCUGCGGAGAAGCUGCUUCCCCUCAUGUUUGAGGCUGCACGAGAGGGGUCAGAGGAGGCAAGGGAGGAGGCGGGUGCCAUCAUGCUGUGGUGCCUCAUUGAGAAUCCUGCCUGCUACUCCCAAUGGGAGCGGCUGCACAGCGGCGCACUGGACACGUCACGCCACAUGCUGGGCGGCAUGGAGCGGCGGUGGGAUGAGGUGAAGCUGCAGCUCGCCCCCUAUGCGCCCCUCAGAGCCUUCCUGCUCGCCAUCCGCCGACAGCACGCACAAGCCCUCAGAGCUCUCGACCAAUCACAGGUGGAGGAGAGGGCCACCAUCCGCCAGACAGACGCCGUGGCAAGGAAGCUUCAGAAAAAGAUCUCUCGGGUACCUGGGUGUCUAGCCACAGUGGCCACUUUAAUAGCCUCUGCAGCCAUGGUGUACACUUUCUAUUGGCUCAGCCCGGGGAAGAACCCGUGGGGGUGGGAUGUUGCGCUAAGCCCCACCGUUUUCGCACACCUCGCCUCCCUCUUCGCAUCCCACAACGCCGCCAUGGCGAAGAAUCCCGCAGCUGCUCCGUCGCCCAGCGGCACCGCUAACCCUAAUCCUGUCGGCACUGCGAAUCCCGUCGCUGGGGCCCGCACCAACGCCAGCGCGGACGGAGUCUGCUCUGCCGGCGGAAGCGGCGUGGCGCGGAACGAGCGGAAGGAGCGGAGGGAGCGGAUAGAGUCGCUGGGAUGGCUAACGGAAUCGGCGCUGAUGCCGAAGAAGCAGCGCGUGAUCGAGGGCGUGAGCGCGGGCAGCCUGGUGUCGCUGCGCGCCGAGCUGUACAAGAGCCAGGAGGACGCCAAGCGCGCCAAGGAGGAGGGCGGCGGGGAGCCGCGGGUUAGGCGCGCGGGAGGCGGAGCGGAAGGGGGCCCCGGAGACCUGUUUGGGGGGAGAAAUGCUGGGGUUGAAGAACGUGCGCAUAGGGACGCGCUGCAGUGGAAGGCGGAGAGGGACGUUGCAGGGCAUCUGGAGCGCAAGGCAGCAAUCUAUGCGCGCCUGGCCAGAGGGGAGCGCGCCGAAGGGGAGGGCGCGCAGGGGGAGGGGGCGGAUUGGGCGGGCGUGGAGGAGAAGUACAGCGUUGACUUCCUCAGGCGGGGGACCUUGGAGGAGGAGAAGCAGGAGAUGGAGCGCGAGAGGCGGGGAGAGGCGGCGCUGCUGCUGGGGGGCGCAGAGGGGGAUGGAGGAGAGGGGGGACGGGAUGGGGGCGGAGGGGCAAUUGUGGUUGCUGGAGGGGGAAUGCCGUCGACACAAAGGGAGCUGAUCAGGGAGGUGAUUGAGGAGACGCGGACAGCACGGGAGAGAGCAGCGCUGCUGAAGGCCAAGAGGCAGCAGCAGGCGGAGCAGAAGAGGGAGAAGCUUCGUGCUGCCUUCCUCAAGCAGCAGCUGCUGAAGGAAAAGGCAAAGAAAAAGGAUCCAAAACUGGCAGGAGGGAAGAAUGGGGGUGGGGAAGGACACUGA